UUGCUCCGGCGGUGCAAGUUUUCAAGCCUCUUGUGGGAGUUCCACUCGGAUCAAACGCUAAGCUGAAGUGCGACGUCGAGGCUUUCCCCAACUCGAACAACUAUUGGAUUAAAGAGCCCGAUGACACCCUCAUAACCAGCCACAAGCACACUUUGCAGGAGAAACGAACCGGAGUCAAACUGACGAUGAUCCUAACCGUUCACAACGUCACGGACUCUGAUUACGGCACAUACAAAUGCUACGCAUCGAAUGUACUCGGGAAAGCGGACAGCUCGGCCAGAUUGUACGAAGUUAAAGCGCCGACAACGACGACGACGACGACCACUACAACAACGACGACCACGACCACGGAAGUCCCGACUACUGAACCUGAAGUUUUCCAUCUGGUAACGAGUCUUGCGCCGACGGCGAAACUAGAUGGUAUGCACAAUCUGGACGAGGAUCCAUCUGAGAACUGGCUGUUCCCGAGCGUCGCUCCCGCUCCACUGGAAUUGGAAACAAUAUCUGCGGCCGCGGCGACGACGACGACGACAACAAAGGACUUCGCAGCUGCAGCGGUGUUAUUUUCAGUGCUGUUGUUUGUGUUCAGGUGACAAAUAGUAAUCUAAAUAGUGUGGGUACGAUGAUGAUGAUGAUGAUGUAAAAAAAAGUACAUAGAGAAGAGCAGCAAAACAACGUCAACGAUUUAGUGCGAUGGAAUAGAGUGGAGUGUUUCGUAUUUGUACAUAAUUGUAUUUAUUUACUUACUUAUACGUCACAUAUACGCGUGUAUAUAGUAAGGGUAUAUAGUGACACCGAUGAAAACACUGAUGAAACUCUCUUCCUCUAUCAAUAGAUUUCGAUGUUAAAAUUAUAUAACUAACCCACGCGUUCUGUAAACGAGUUUUUUCAGUUUUAGCAGCGAAUCGAAUAUGAAAAGAAAAAUAUAUAUAAAAAACGUAAAUCUAUAUAUAAAUAAAUAAAUAAAUAUACAUAUAUAAAGGGAAGAUGAAUAGGAAAUGAGAGAGCAUAUUGUGUCCAGAGAGGAAUUCCCUUUUAGAAGGACAUUUUUUUUUUGUUCCCUUUUUAUUUUACAUAUAGAGGGACACCACCGAAUUUGUUUGAUGGACAUAUCCUUGUUGUAUACACACACACAAAGAAACGAGAAUACGAAAAUAUCUUUGCUUAAAAAAGGGAUUUUCCUUCUUUUUUUUUUGGAAGGUCGCUCCACUUUGCAGGUAAAUGAAUUUCCACGGGUUUAAUUGUAAUCUCGAAACGUAAUUUCUGUAGCUAGAACUACACACAGCGAAUUACCUUCUACGAUUCCAACCCUCUCCAAUGAGUCAGCCAAUUUACUCACUAAGAUCUGUUAGGCCCUAAUUGCAAAUUCCCCCCCAUUUAAUAACUAACACUGAUUUUAUACAAUUGCGUUCCUAUAGUUACUUAUGUGUACACGAAAGAUUCAUUUUUUUUUAUUUACCACCUAACAAAUAAGUUAUUAUUAUU